AUGACUAUGAGGACAAACAUGAGUGAAACGGUUUCAACAUCAACACCUCUCGUCUUAAAGCUUCGUGAAGAGCUUUAUCCUCAGGCUUAUGCGGAUAUUGAUUGGAGCCAAGCUCGCAAUCAAUGCGCAAAGGUGUUUCAUAUGCUUGCUUGUUGGGUUGAAGAUCCAGAGAGUGAUUAUUUCAAAAAACAUCUUGCUCGAGUCCCUGGUUUCAUAUGGAUUGCGGAGGAUGGCCUGAAAAUCCAGACUUUUGGUAGCCAAAUAUGGGAUACAGCCUUCUUGUUACAAGUCAUGUUAGCCGCUGAUGUUGACGACGAGAUUAGAUCAACGCUCAUAAAGGGAUACUCUUACUUGAGGAAAUCUCAGCUUACAGAGAAUCCUCCUGGUGAUUAUAUCAAAAUGUUUAGAGACAUAUCAAAAGGAGGGUGGAGUUUUUCGGAUAAAGAUCAAGGAUGGCCAGUUUCAGAUUGUAUUUCUGAGAGUUUAGAGUGCUGCCUGAUAUUUGACAACAUGCCAUCUGAGUUUAUUGGUGAGAAGAUGGAUGUGGAGAGGCUUUAUGAUGCCGUCAAUAUGCUUCUCUACUUGCAGAGCGAUAAUGGAGGUAUAGCCAUAUGGGAGGCAGCAAGUGGGAAAAAAUGGCUAGAGAUGAUUGAGUUUAUGGAGGACACAAUCAUCGAGCAGGAGUAUCUAGAAUGCACGGGUUCAGCGAUAGUAGUGUUGGCUCGAUUCGUGAAACAGUUUCCAGAGCACAGAACAAAAGAGGUCCAUAGGUUUAUAACGAAGGGUGUGAGAUACAUAGAGGACAUGCAAAUGCCAGAUGGUUCAUGGUAUGGGAACUGGGGUGUAUGUUUCAUCUAUGGAACCUUCUUUGCAGUCCGAGGUCUAGUGGCUUCAGGCAAAACUUACGAGAACUGUGAGGCGGUUCGUAAAGCGGUUUGGUUCCUUCUCGAGAUACAAAAUGUAGAAGGCGGUUGGGGAGAGAGUUAUCUCUCUUGCCCUUAUAAAAAAUAUACUCCUUUGGAUAAUAACAAGACCAAUGUGGUGAACACAGGACAAGCAAUGAUGGUUCUAAUUAUGGGUGGUCAGAUGGAGAGAGACCCUUUGCCUGUUCAUCUCCGAGGUCUAGUGGCUUCAGGCAAAACUUACGAGAACUGUGAGGCGGUUCGUAAAGCGGUUUGGUUCCUUCUCGAGAUACAAAAUGUAGAAGGCGGUUGGGGAGAGAGUUAUCUCUCUUGCCCUUAUAAAAAAUAUACUCCUUUGGAUAAUAACAAGACCAAUGUGGUGAACACAGGACAAGCAAUGAUGGUUCUAAUUAUGGGUGGUCAGAUGGAGAGAGACCCUUUGCCUGUUCAUCGUGCCGCAAAAGUCUUGAUCAAUUCGCAGAUGGAUAACGGCGAUUUCCCACAACAGGAAAUAAGGGGAGCUUACAAAAUGAAUAUGCUGCUACAUUAUCCAACCUAUAGGAACAUGUUCACUCUUUGGGCACUCACAUAUUACACGAAGGCUCUGCGCCUGCUCUUCUGA